AUGGCCGCGCACUGGUGGCUACUCCGCGCAAUCCAAUCCUUCGAAGACCACAUCGUCGCAUCCAUCCUCCGACGACCCGGUUUCCACCGCGCAGUGGGACGCAUACACAAGACGAUAAACGAGAAGCAAUAUGGACGAAAUCCACACGAGCCGUUAGCACCCGGCGAAGCGACCGCGGAUCCUAACUCUGGCGAUCGAAACGAGCGCUUCGCAAGGCAUUUUAUCGAAGAGUUGAAGAACCAGUUCAGAGGGAAGCCGACGGACUUGCCGAGCGAUAGACCGAAGAAGUGA